AUGUUGCUGCUGGCCCUUAUCGCCGUCCUAGGCACGAUUUUCUUAGACCUAUACUACCAAAUGAAGAACAAGUCCAACCUCCAUCCUGGGCCAAAAGGUCUUCCCAUCGUAGGGAACAUUAUGGAUCUCCCACCAAAAGGAUUGCCAGAAUAUCAGCACUGGCUCAAAUUCAAAGACACUUACGGUCCCAUCAGCUCUGUUACAGAUGUCGAGUCACGUCGGUUUCUUUUGCGAAUCCUAGAGGAUCCCGCUUAUUUGAUCGCUCAUAUUAAAACGGAAACCGGUGCGAUCAUCCUGCAGAUAGUAUACGGCUACUCUAUCGAGCCGCAGACUGCCGACCCCUUGGUCCUCCUAACUGAGUGCAUGAUGCAUAAUCUUUCCGUUGCCCUGCUCCCUAUGUACUGGGCCGUCGAUAUAUUUCCGAUCCUCAAGUAUAUUCCGGAAGGUUUACCAGGAGCAGUUUUCGAAAGGGUAGCUCGAAAAUGGAACGAGAUCAACCGCAUGGUGAUUGAUAUACCUUAUACAUUUGUUCAGCAGCAAAUGGCGAAUGGCAGCCAACGGCCGUCAUAUGUGGCAUCUUCAAUUGAACAGCAUGGCAGAAUGAAUGAAGAUGAAGAAGAAGCUAUUAAGGAAACCGCUGCGCUUAUGUAUCCUGGAGGGGUUGAUACUACUGUCUCCUCUGUCAGCAGUUUUAUCUUGGCAAUGAUGCUCUUCCCGUCGGUCCAGAGAAAGGCUCAAGCGGAAAUCGACUCUAUAAUUGGGGGUGGGAGACUUCCCCAAUUCGAAGAUCGAGAGAAAUUGCCGUACGUUAAUGCUCUUAUAAAGGAAACGGUCCGAUGGCUUCCUGUUGUGUCAUUAGGAGUUACUCACAUAACCGACGAGGAAAUAAACUAUAAAGGAGUUCGCAUCCCGAAAGGAGCGUACCUAUUGCCAAUGGUAUGGUGGUUUUUACAUGACCCACAAGUCUACCCAAACCAUUCUUCGUUCGACCCGGAGAGGUUUCUGAAACCUCGCAAUGAGCCCGAUCCUGCGACUGAAGCUUUCGGGUACGGCCGCAGUAUAUGCCCCGGCCGAUUUUUGGCAGAUGAGAACUUGUUCUUGACCAUCUCACGUCUGUUGACUGUUUUCGACAUCACCAAAGCUGCUGAUGAGAAUGGUAAGGAAAUCGAACCAGAGAUAGAUAUUACACCUGGAAUAAUAAGUCACCCGCUCCGUUUCCCUUAUUGUAUCAAAGCAAGUAGCACACAAUCCGUGGAUAUAAUACGGUCUGUUGAAAAAGAUCAUCCGUGGAAGAAAGGUGACGCUCAUCUUUUGAAUGGAAGCUUGAAUGGGAGCCUAUUUAGUAGACUAUGGUCGAGAGAGUAA